UUAGCACAGACUGAAAGUACUGCCGGAGCGCGCAGCCCUCCAGGGUUUCGGAGAGCAGUAAGAGCAGCAGCACCUGUCUGACAGAGACGGAGAGAGGUGGGGACAGAGAAGAGAGCGAGACACACACACACACCCACACACACGCAAAUACACACACAGGCGCGCGCGCAGAGACGGAGCGGAGCGCACCCAUUGAAAAAGGAGUUAACUCUCUAGGUGUGAGUCAGUCUUGCUCUAUCCAGGCAAGUAGAAGGAAGAAGAAAUGUGUACUGUGUAGAGAUGCGCGAGACUUACCUCCGAUGUUGGAUUUUUAUUUGGAAAAACUUGUGGAUACGACUUUGGCAGCCGCACAGUGUAGCUCGAACGCGGUGAGUUUGCCAACCUCGGUGGAGGGGCUGGAGGGGACCAUGAAAAUGGGCAUGGAGGAUGUGGACAUGACUCUCUGGACAGAGGCGGACUUUGAGGAGAAGUGCACGUACAUCGUGAACGAUCACCCUUGGGACGCUGGAGCAGAGGGGACCGGUUCGGCACCGCAGGCCGAACUGUCCCUGCCUAGGAAUCUGGUCUUCAAAUACUCCCCGAACUGCAAAGAGGUUACUGGAGUUGUGAGCAAGGAAUACAUCCCAAAAGGAACACGCUUUGGGCCCCUGAUAGGAGAAAUCUACACCAACGACACAGUCCCCAAAAAUGUCAACAGGCAGUACUUCUGGCGGAUCUAUUCCGGUGGGGAGCUUCACCACUUCAUCGAUGGCUUUAAUGAGGACAAGAGCAAUUGGAUGCGCUAUGUGAACCCCGCCCACUCUGGGCAGGAGCAAAACCUGUCUGCCUGCCAGAAUGGAAUGAACAUCUACUUCUACACCAUCAAGCCCAUCCCCGCCAGCCAGGAACUUCUUGUGUGGUACAGCCAGGACUUUGCGGAGCGACUCCACUAUCCUUCCUCCGGAGAGCUGCUGGGGAUGAAUCUCACUCAAACCGACGUUCGCCCAAAGCAGCAAGGCAGUGAGAAAAAUGAGCUGCGCCCAAAGAGUGCCCCCAAGAGAGAACACAGUGUGAGAGAAAUCCUGAAAACCGACUCUAGCCACUCCAAAGGGAAGGACUUAUUCCGCUUCAACAUUUCACCCGCUACCCCAGACAGAGACUCCGACGACCUGAGAAAGAAGUGCAGCCCAGAAAGGCCCUUCUAUCCCCGGGUGGUCUACCCGCUCCGAGCUCCUGGGCCGGAAGACUAUCUGAAGGCUUCUCUGGCCUACGGGAUGGACAGGCCCACCUACCUGACCCAUUCGCCCAUCCCCUCCUCCACCACCCCGAGCCCCUCUGCCAGAAGCAGCCCGGACCAAAGCAUAAAGAACUCCAGCCCACACGGCAGCCCGGGCCACAGCCUCUCCCCUCUGGCUGCCGUCACUCAAGAGCACCGAGAACCCUACCCUUUUGUCGGCGCACCUUACAGCGCGGAAGGGCUGGGGUCUUACCCCGGCUACGGACCCCCAGGGCAUCUCCCUCCUGCUUUCAUCCCCUCCUACAACGCUCACUACCCCAAGUUCCUGUUACCCCCGUACGGGGUGAGUUCAAACUCCCUGAGCGCUGUGAACAAUAUCAAUGGCAUCAACAAUUUCAAUCUCUUCCCGCGGCUCUAUCCCGUGUACGGUGGCCUGCUGGGGGGUGGCGGCGGCCUGCCUGGGCACGUGCUGGGCUCAGGGGGCCUCCCGAGCUCGCUGCCCUCAGAUGGGGCUCACAGACUGCGGCAGCCCGACCACCCCAGGGACUUCCUGAUCCCGGCUCCCCGCAGUGCCUUCUCCAUCACAGGGGUCGCCCCCAGCAUGAAGGACCCACCCUGCAGCCCCACCGGCGGCUCCCCCACUGCCGCCACUGCCGCCACGGCCGAGCACCUGGCGCAACCCAAAGCUACCUCAGCCGAGCUGGCCGCCUCCAGCAGUGAAGAAGCCAUGAAUCUCAUAAAGAACAAGAGGAACAUGAGUGGCUAUAAAACGCUCCCCUACCCACUAAAGAAGCAGAAUGGAAAGAUCAAGUACGAGUGCAAUGUUUGCUCCAAGACCUUUGGCCAACUCUCCAACCUGAAGGUCCACCUCAGAGUGCACAGCGGAGAGCGGCCCUUCAAGUGUCAAACGUGCAACAAAGGUUUCACACAGCUGGCCCAUCUGCAGAAGCAUUACCUGGUGCACACGGGAGAAAAGCCCCACGAGUGUCAGGUGUGUCACAAGCGCUUCAGCAGCACCAGCAACCUGAAGACCCACCUCCGGCUCCACUCGGGGGAGAAGCCAUACCAGUGCAAGCUCUGCCCAGCCAAGUUCACGCAGUUCGUGCACCUGAAACUCCACAAGCGCCUGCACACCCGUGAGCGGCCACACAAGUGUGCCCAGUGCCACAAGAGCUACAUCCACCUGUGCAGUCUCAAGGUCCACCUUAAGGGGAACUGCCCGGCGGCCCCGGCCAGUGGCAUGUCCGUGGACGACCUGACCCGCGUCAAUGAGGAGAUCGAGAAGUUCGACAUCAGCGACAGUGCCGACCGGCUGGAGGAUGUGGAGGACGACAUCGACACGACCGCCAUGGUGGAGAAAGAAAUCCUGGCCUCCUUACGGAGAGAGGGGGAUGGGGCUGGCCUCAAGGCCUCCUUGCAAAGGAACCUGGGAAACGGCCUGCUCUCCUCAGCCUGCCGCAUCUAUGAGUCACCUGACCCGGCCCUUCUGAAGCUGCCUCACGUCCACCCACUACCUCUCUUACCUAUAAAGGUCAAACAAGAAACGGUUGAACCAAUGGACCCUUAGGACUUUCAGGAAAUGAAAGUGAUCUCUUGCUCUUUUGUUUUGUUUUGUUUUGUUUUUAAUUUAAGACUUGGAAAGUCAGGGUGCCUGUAGCAAUUCGCUUGUCCAUAACUCCAGGGCUGCACAGCCAUCUUGACUCACACUUGAGUCCUUCUCAACUCUCUCCAGUUCAACCAAGGAACUCCAAAAUUAGUGUAUUCUCAGGGCAUAAAACGAGAGGCAAAGACUAUAAACUUAUAUAUAUAUAUAAAAUACGUAUAUAUAUAUAUUUGAGCGUGCGUGUGUUUGAAUAUGUGUGUAGGAAUGUCUGAUUUGCCUCCCCACUUACAAAGACAAUCAUCUAGACAGAAUUAUUUUUGCAAUGAUAGUCCUUCAUAAUUUAUUAUGCAAUUUAUCAUUCUAAAAGCAAUAAUUAGAAAAUGUUUACAAUGACUGGAAGAUUCAUUGUAAUUUGAGUAUAAAUGUUGAUAUUUUUUUUGUGUGUCUUGUGACUGUUCCUUAUAGAUAACUUCUGCUCAACUGUUUAAGGAGACCCUAAGGUUGGAAAGCAUAAAGCAAAAUGGAUCUACAUACACGUGGUUUGGAAAAUGAGGUGUUUAUGUUGCCAAAAGUUGAUGACUGGGGAGUUUAGGGUCUUUAGGCUUGAACCAUGUUUUAUACCCGGGUUGGAAGGGAGGAGGGAGCAUCAGUUGUGCAGAGUUACUCGUCCUCCUUUAAAGGAGCAUCACCUCCUGUAUCUGCCUGCCAAGGGGCCAGUGUCCACCACCAAACUGACUUGGUCCAAUGCGCGGGCUCCCAGAGAGCUCGGAAGAUCCAGGGAUGGGGGCACAUGACUAGCAAGAGAGAGUGGGGGGGAGGAGGGGCGUGCCCCAGGACCAGGCCGCCCCGGGGCCUCACUUGAGAAUGUGAAAACAACAAAAGGGCCAGGUCCAAAAUCACGGUUCCGUUUUUUCCAAAGCACAAGUAGUUUUAGGGCCAGCUCACCUGCCUGGACAAAGGACAGAGUCACGUGUGCCUGGUGCCCUUGUGGGGAGGCGGUGGGUGGGAGGAGAGAAAGGCUCAGACCUCAUGGAAAAUAAGACGGGUAACGAUUGCUUCGUUGUCUCUGCGAGGGAGUGGGCAGUGAGCGCUCCUGUCCCAGCACCUUUUUCUCUGUGCAAGGCCACCUUGCCUCAGUAUUUGUGUUUGUACAUUUUAUGGUUAAUUUAAUUGAAGAUGAAAAGGGCAUUGCAAAGUUGUUCAACAACAAUUACCUCAUCAAGUGUGUCCAGUGCUGCAGGAAAUGCUGUUUUCUCCAACGCUUUGCUACUUUACAAAAAGCAGGUGGCCCCGGAAAGAUAGACUCUUGCUUGGCUCUUUAUCUUUUGUUCUGCUUAGCCCAAAGAUAGCGUGUUGGCAUCCAAGGUGUAGCAAAGAGUGAUGUAUAUUUAUAAAUCUAUUUAUACCACGAUUCCAUAUAUGUCUAUGUAAUAUAUAUAUUUAUACCACUGAAAUUGUGAGCCAAAUCACGUAACCACCUACUUCUCAUAAGGGUGAAAAUCCGAUCUUCUCAGACUCCAUGUCACACCUACUGACCUCAAGCUCAAAAGGCCGGACCUCCACCUCCUCCCCAGAUUCUCACUGUGGCUCAGUGACAUCCAGCCCCUGACUCUCUUCCCUCCCAGCGGGCUGACUCGUUCUCUGCAGGCCCAACUCUCACCAUCCCAAAACCUGCAGAGAAGAGGGAGAAAGACAUCCGCCUAGGUGAGGUGGUAAAACCAGCACCAGCAGGGAAGAAUGGGCUAAAUACAGUCUUGGCUCCAUCUGAGUUCUGUGGGUACCCUCCCCCUAUCCUCACACACCCUCCUCUCACCAGCAAAUCCUUUACCCUGGAAUAGUUCUGAUCUUUUCAUCUAUUUAUGUUCCUAUAAAAUAGAAGUCUUUAGCCAGAUAAUUUCUCAAAUCCAGGGUUUUGCAAGGGCAGUGAACACCUUUAAUGAAUGCCUUUUGUCCCCCUAACUUGAAAUUGCCCCAGGAAGUAUCUAAAUUCAGCCUGCUGAUUUUUGAAGGAUCUUACAGUUGUCUGUACAGUCCAUUUCUGUUCCUUUAUGUAGCAAGGCUGACCUUUGUUAAUGUAGCAGUUUCAAAAAAACAUAAUGCUGACCUAUAGGGCGAACCAAAGUAUCACUACUCUAUCACUGGACACACACACACACACACACACACACAUACACUUUCCCUUUUCUCUGGCCUCGAGUGUUUUAUUUGAUACACAUUUUACAGUCAUUUCUAUGCAUCAGCUUUAACAGAAUUGUUACUUCCUGUGUUUUCCCUCCCUAAUACUCCUCCCUUUAGGAUUUUACAUGUGAAUGUAGCAAACAGUCAACAGUGGUUUUACUUUUCUCUACUCAAAGAAAGAACUGACCAAAGUUAACCGGCUUUGUACUUUGCUAGAACAACAAACUGUAUCUUAUGUUUACGUACAGGUUUACAUCAUUAUUUAUGUGCAAAUUGUCAAAAUGUAAAUUAAAUAUAAUGUUCAUUGCUUAGCCAUUGUCUGCUCUGUUGUCAGUGGCCUGUGGUCCCUGCUGUGCACACGCGCU